AUGCCAAUCGAUUAUUCUCUGUAUCUCGUCACUGGGCGGGACUUGCUUCCCGAAGGAACGACGUAUCUCGAAUCCUUAGAAGAAUCUUUGCGCGGAGGAGUGACCGUCGUCCAGAUCAGAGAGAAACAUGCGGACACGCUGGAAUUUCUGGAGAUAGCUCGCCAAUCCAAGACACUUUGUGACAAGUACCAAGUUCCUCUUAUCAUAAACGAUAGAGUCGAUAUCGCCCUCGCCGUUAGUGCUGACGGAGUACACCUCGGACAGACAGACAUGCCAGUACGCACCGCGCGUUCACUCCUUCCUCCAAAUACUAUCGUCGGGGUUUCGUGCAACAACUUGGAACAUGUGCAACAGGCCAUUAAGGACUGCGUUGACUAUGUCGGCAUUGGUGCUGUCUGGCCCACCGGCACUAAGCAACUCUCAAACCCUGUGAUCGGAGUGCGAGGGGUAGGAUCACUCCUUGCAGCUUUGGAUGGAACAGCGAUAAAGGCUGUUGCGAUCGGAGGAAUCAAAUCCGACAAUCUACUAAGAACACUUCAUGGAAGUAUAUCUCCAUCUGGCCAUAAAUUAGACGGGAUCGCCGUCGUCUCUGAGAUUGUCGCGUCCCGCGAGCCCUACAAAAUAUCUGGAACGCUCCGAGACACCUUUGCAGCUUGGAACGCUUACACAAUGGAACAAGAAGCCAAGCCGCCCGUCGCAUACACCACUGAGAAUGUUAAAAGUGGCGUGGCUGACCUGAUGCAUGUCAUCCGGACGACAAACCCUCUUGUUCAUCAGAUUACGAACGUUGUCGUGACCAAUCAAUCUGCCAAUGCCACCCUAGCCUUGGGCGCAAGUCCCAUCAUGGCUACUGCCCCAGAAGAAAUGGAAGAUCUCAGUCGCGUAUCGGGUGCAUUGCUCAUCAACUUUGGUACGAUUAAGGACAAGGAAGGUAUGGUACUCGCUGGGAAGUAUGCCAAUCGCGAGAAGAAGCCUGUUGUAUUCGAUCCGGUCGGUGUCGGCGCGACACAGUUCCGACGCAAGACUGCAGCCCAAUUACUCAACACUUGGCAGGCGAGUGUCAUCAAAGGCAAUGCGGGAGAACUCGGUGCACUGGCUGAAUCACAAGAGGUCCAGGCUAAAGGCGUGGACAGUGUGGGUAUCGGGUUUGCAGAUCCCGCAAAGGCUGUGAAAGAUCUUGCACAGAGGGAACGUUGUGUCGUUGCGUUAACUGGCAAGACAGAUUGGGUGUCAGACGGCACGACCGUCGUCAGGCUUGACAACGGGCACGAGCUCCUCGGUGACAUCACCGGGUCUGGAUGCAUGGUCGGAACAUGUAUCGCAACGUUCUGUGCCACAGCAUGGACACGAGCGAGCACCGAAAAUGGUCCCGGCAUGCUCGUGAGAGGCGACAUGCUUUUAGGAGCCGUUGGAGGUAUUUUAGCACUCACGAUAGCGGCGGAAGCCGCCGCAUACCGAUCGGACGUAAGAGGCUCUGGCACAUUUCUACCGGCGCUCAUCGACGAACUUUACAACUUGAAGCCCGAGACUGUGCUUGAGAAAGCCAGAAUACAGGUGACCUCGUAG